CUCCUCCCUUUUUCCGGCAAAGGCUCCGCUCCCGGAAAUUGCCUUGUCAGGAGAACGGUGGUUGCUGCAAAGUGUGCGCUCUUAGCCGCCGCCGCCGCCGCUGUUUGUCUCUUGUUAGCUAAGGUCAUAUUUCACUCUUGGGCAAGAAAAUUCCAUUGAGGCUUCAGUUCUGAGGCAUCAUCACUGUCAUCCUAGGGAGGAAAAAAGUCACACCGGUGCUUUCAGUGGUUUGGAUUGAUCCAGAUGUCAUGUCAGUUUAAAAUGAAAAGUGAGAACCUGGAAGCAGUAAAUUACUAUGUUGGAAUUGAUGUUGGCACAGCUAGCGUCCGUGCGGCUUUGGUAGACCAGUUUGGGACAGUGGUGGCUUAUGCAGACCAGCCAAUUCAAAUUUGGGCACCACAUCCAGACCACUAUGAGCAAUCCUCGGAUGACAUCUGGGCUGCGUGCUGUGCAGUCACAAAGAAAGUCAUCCACGGGAUCAAUAUUUCCCAGAUUCGAGGACUUGGUUUCGAUGCUACCUGUUCUCUUGUUGUCUUGGAUAGCCAUUUCCGGCCCUUGGCAGUCAACACUGAAGGAGAAUGCAACAGAAACAUCAUCAUGUGGAUGGACCAUCGUGCAGCUGAUCAAGUAACACGCAUCAAUGGGACAAAUCAUAAUGUCUUGCGUUUUGUUGGAGGAGCAAUGUCAGUUGAGAUGCAGCCACCUAAGUUGUUGUGGUUGAAAGAAAAUUUACGAAAGUCUUGCUGGGAAAAAGCAGGGCACUUCUUUGAUCUUCCAGAUUUCUUAUCAUGGAAAACAACAGGUGCCACUGCAAGAUCUUUAUGCACAUUGGUGUGUAAGUGGACAUAUUCUUCAGAGAAAGGCUGGGAUGAUAGUUUCUGGAAACUAAUUGGAUUAGAAGAUCUGAUGGCAAAUAAUUACACAAAAAUAGGAAAUGAAGUUCUCACUCCAGGAGUUCCUGUUGGAAAUGGGCUAACAGCAGAAGCUGCAAGAGAUCUUGGGCUUUCUAAGGGAAUUCCGGUAGCUGCCUCUCUGAUUGAUGCACAUGCUGGAGGAAUAGGCAUGAUUGGAGCUAAUGUGAAUGGAUAUAACUUACCAUGCAAAAACCAGCCAAUUACAUCCCGAAUUGCCGUGAUAUGUGGGACAUCUUCAUGCCACAUGGGGAUAAGCAAGAUCCCUGUGUUUGUUCCUGGUGUUUGGGGACCAUAUUACUCAGCAAUGGUGCCAGGACUGUGGCUAAAUGAAGGAGGCCAAAGUGCUACUGGAAAACUGAUAGAUCAUGUCGUCCAAGGACACACUGCAUUCCCAGAACUACAAACAAAAUCUGCAGCCAGUGCUCAAAGUAUAUAUACAUACUUAAAUGGUCACCUGGAUCUGAUUAGGAAAUCUUUGCCUGUGGGUUUUCUCACUGUUGAUUUACAUGUUUGGCCAGAUUUCCACGGCAACCGAUCUCCCCUUGCCGAUGUGACUCUAAAGGGCAUGGUAGUAGGACUGACUUUAUCUCAAGGCCUUGAUGAUCUCGCUCUUAUCUACUUAGCCACAAUUCAGGCCAUUGCAUUGGGAACAAGGCACAUUGUGGAAACAAUGCAAGGUGCUGGACAUUCUGUUAAUACCUUGUUUAUGUGUGGUGGGCUGAGCAAGAAUCCCCUCUUCGUGCAGAUGCAUGCAGAUAUCACUGGCAUGCCUGUUGUCCUGGCCCAAGAGGUGGAGUCUGUUGUAGUGGGUGCUGCUAUUCUUGGAGCUUGUGCUUCGAAAGAUUUUGCUUCUCUGCAGGAUGCUAUGGAGAAAAUGGGGAGAGUUGGAAGAAUUGUACUGCCAAACCACAAGGAUAAAAGGUUUUGGUUUUCAUAUGUUACUUAUAAGGGAUGCCAUUUGGCAAUGGAAUGACAAAGGAACAGAUAUUACUUUCCUUCCAUGCCCUCCCCCAAAACUGCAGAUGGGGAUUAGUGGGAUCUCCCUGAGAAUAAUGAAGGCAAUAUGGAAAAGAAGGUGAAGUAAAACAACAUUGCACAGUGAAAGUCUAUUUGUGUAAUGCUGGAUGCUAACCUAUACUUACUGAAAGUAUUGAACAUAACCAAAUCACAGUCUCUCUAUAUAUUUAACCAUAAUAAUAUGAAUAAUGUUAGUAAAAUAAGCUGCUGGAUGCCCAAACACAUUUUUCUUUUACAUGUCAAACACAUGAAAGUCAUUUUGAUGGUACUACAGUAAUAAAAGCUAUAAUAGCAUAAAUGUAUGCCUGAUUUCUUUUUCUAUCCACUGUUGUGCUCUUGACUUCUGAACCAGCUGGGGAAGUUUUACGUAUUUUGCCUCCUAAAUGUCCCUCUGAAUACCACAAACAUGACACAGUCUUACUAGAAUGGCAGCAGUGCCAUCUCUAAAACUUGCAGAUGCAUUGGGUAUUAGUACAUCAGUGAAAUUAAGUUCAUAUAUUCCACCUAACAUGUCAUCUGAUGUUCUUCUUUAAACUCCAGACACUGUAUCAACCAUUUAGCAUUCUUCAAAGCUAAGACCAUUUCUUCCAGACAUCAGGAGAGAUCAUUGUGGUCUGGUGAGUCUUUCUGUUAAGAAGAACCAUUUAGUCCAUUAUGCUUCCAACAGAACAUUUUGUGUGGUAGAACUUGCCAUGUUCGCUCCUUCUGAUUCCAUUUGUGAGGAAAUGUUUAUCAUACAAAUUAAAAGAAGAAAUACAACAACUAGAUCAUCAACUGCACCCAGAAUUCCACAAAGAGGUUCUGGCAUCACGUCAAAUGGAGAAGUUAAGCACAGGAUGGUUCCAAAAGAGCAGAGGACAACUCUGAGGAAGAAGAUCCACACAAGACCACCCAGCGUGAAGAUUCCUCUUACAGCAAAAUUGAGAAGUAGUGGCAUGUCAUAAAGAUAAUCUGUAAACUAGAGACAAAAUAUGGAUGAGUCAUGUGACUAUUUUGCAUUAGUUUGAUAGGGAAAAAAUAUCAGGUAUUACAAAUCAAGCUUUUAAUUGCUUGAAGUCACACAUUGUUAAGUAGAAAACAAUAAACAACCAGAUGGAUUUUUUUCUGCUCUGUCUAAUCUCU